UGCCACUCGGGAGACAACUAAAGGGCUAUCUAUACUUGACGAAGCUCCCAUGUGGAUUAGGAAGUUUGUCCACGAGAAUGCUUAUAGUCUUGAGCAUAUUAGAUUUUAAUUUUCCUUCUUUUUUUCCCUUUCUGAUGCAUCAAAAAACAGACCAGGUAAUGUUUAAAUAGAUAAGGUCAAACUUUUAAAAAAGGGAAAGUUCCCGAAAUAAGUCUAAAACAGUUUGAAUAUUCCAAAAUAGAACUAUCAUGUUUUUUAUUUCCAAAAUAGGAGUAAUUACUGCCAAGUUUGGAAAAGUUCCCAAAAUAGGACUAAAACAGCUUGAAGAUUCCAAAAUGGGAUUGUCAUGUUUUUUAUUUUCAAAAUAUUAGUAAUUACUGCCAAAUUUGGAAAAUACUGCCUUGUUUGAAAUCUGGUACAACCAAAAUAUGGUAAUAAUUAAGCCUAUUUUGGGAAUAAAAACAUGGUAGUCUUAUUUUGGAAUUUUCAAAUCUUUUUAGUCCUAUUUCAGAUAAUAUUCUUCAGUCUAUUUUGAAAUUUCCAAACUUUUUUAGUCCUAUUUCGGGUAAUAUGCUCUUUAAAAAAUUAUAUGAGACUUUGAUAGUUAUAAAAGCAGAUACACAAGAUAAGUGAGACAAUUAUUGACCAAUCAAAUGAAAUAAAAAAAAUUCAGUCUCGAAAAUUGAAAAAUCAGGCUCGCAGUGAAAAGCUUGCUAAGGCUGGUGCAUACGGGGUUUCGGCCCAAAUGAAAAAAAAUCGCCCUGACAACGGCCCGCCUUCGUCUUCAACAACCACUCUACCAGUCGACCAGUCAUCGGCCGAGACUGCAUCAGUCCACCGGCGUCCGCCGCACUAUCAGACGAGGGACGACUGGAAGACAACUGAACCAGCGUCCUCCGAAGCUCUGAGACCCAUCCACCGGAUAUCGUUGACCGACUGCCCAGCGUGAUUGCGUCUGUUCGCCGCACUGUACGCCGCAAAAAUUCCGGUUUCUGACUUACUACUCAGCCAGGUUUGCAUAUAUUUAACAUGGGUUGCUCCAAGACAAAGUGAUGGUGGAAGAUCCUCAUUCAGUUAAUAGUCCUCGAAGGAUUCUCAGUUUUACAAAAAACAAGAGGGCAACUGUUGUCUUCCCAGAUUCAAAUCAAAAGGUUUCAGAAUUUACUCUUCCUGGGGAUCACGGACCCAAUCCUUCUGAAGUUUAUGGAUUUGUUGGGUCUAUUUCUACCGUUGUUGCUGCAGUUAUCUUUCUUGUGUGGGCAUAUGUCCCAGAGAAUUGGUUGCAUUCAGUCGGGAUCUUCUACUAUCCAAGCAGGUACUGGGCAUUGGCUGUGCCAGCGUAUGUUAUGAUGAGCAUAGUUCUAUCAGUAACAUUUUACAUUGGUCUCAACUUCAUGUCCACACCUCCCCCCACUUCUUUCACCACCAUGUUUGGAAAAAUAUUCCGUCGAGCUGUCCAGACAGGAUCCAUCCUCUGUCCGGCUGCUUCAAUUUGAGAUGAAUUCAGUAGAGAACCAUUGCUGAGUAGUGCUUUUAUAGACGAUGAAGAUGAUGAGCGACCCAUUGAUCCGAUCUCUGAUAUCGGCAUUGAUCAAAUUAAUAAAAUAAUGUUUCAGAAUUUUGAUUAACAUUUGUUCGCUAGUCACCACUAGCAGCCUUAUAACAUUGCUUUGUAUGUCGCCAUAGUUGGUAAUUGUGAUCAAUAGAAGAAUUAAAGAAAACAGAUUUACGCAGACGGAAAUCAUGAGAUGAACACGGUCCACAUAACCACACUCCAAAAGUAGAUCAGAUUCCCCUUAAGCUUUGUCAAUGAUGUACUGUUCUUUUUUUUUAGUAAAUCUGAAAAUCCAAAAAAAU